AACAAUCAAAUUCUUGUUACCUAGAUUCUUUCUUCUAAUAUAUAUUAAUCUAUGGUUGGUGCUGAUGUUUAAAAAAUAAUCAAUUUCUUUUCAGUAUUAGUGUCAUUAAUUUUUUUUUAAACUAUGUAUUUUAGAUCGAUCAAUUAUCAAACCUCGAUUAUUAUGAAAAUAUAUCUGGCAAUUAAUAAUUGUUUUUUCUUUUCUUUGAGUUUGCCUGAAGAAAUCACUUAAAUUUUUUGGAAAAAAAAGUCGAUUCAUGCAAAAAAAAAAAAAAAAAACCUAAAACUACAGCAUUUUAUCCAUGUAGCAGCAACUUAGCUUCAGUAAAGCCCUAGCUUUAUGUAAUUUUCUUGCUCAUUUACAUACCUCAAUUAGUUUUUUAUUUAUUUAUCAUAAUUUAAUACUUUUCCCAUGGAAAAACAAAUAAUGUGUCUUCGAGCAUGAGUUGUAGAACGAUGUCGUUUAGUUGCAAGAAAAAGGAGCCGGCGGGCCCUUUCUUUCUCGUUAGUUGUUGGAGAACAGUAUACGUGACGAACAUCGUGAUCCAUUUGAGAGGACGACGUGUCAACACUCCCGUCCAUAAUUUUCUGCUCUUUCUGUCCUCUCAGUGUCCCGCCUCAGCUUCACUCCCACAGCAAUGGCAUGCAAACCACCAACUCAGCUAGCAACCCCAGGAAAAAUCCAUCGCCACCGUAAAUUCACCGCCACAUCCACAACUAACCCCUUCUCCUGGCGUAGGAUUCUAUCACCAGAACCUCUCCUCUCUCUUUCCACCUCAUUUCCCUCAGGGAAAUGUAAUGUAAACUGUAAAGCAACUUGUCAAAUGCAGUGCUAGUGGAACUGCAGAGGCAACAGGGGCAGUGAAUUUAGGACCAGGGACUCCUGUUAGGCCAACUAGUAUAUUAGUUGUAGGAGCCACUGGUACUUUAGGCAGGCAAAUUGUUAGAAGAGCCCUUGAUGAAGGUUAUGAUGUUAGGUGCCUUCUUAGACCAAGACCUGCUCCUGCUGACUUCCUUCGUGAUUGGGGUGCCACUGUUGUCAAUGCAGAUCUUAGUAAACCCGAGACUAUACCUGCAACAAUGGUUGGGGUUCAUACGAUUAUUGACUGUGCUACUGGGCGUCCAGAAGAGCCCAUUAAAACGGUAGACUGGGAAGGAAAAGUUGCUCUUAUACAAUGUGCAAAAGCAAUGGGAAUACAGAAAUAUGUGUUCUAUUCUAUUCACAACUGUGACAAGCACCCUGAAGUUCCACUGAUGGAGAUUAAGUAUUGCACCGAGAAGUUUCUUCAGGACUCUGGCCUAACUCAUGUCAUAAUACGGUUAUGUGGUUUCAUGCAAGGUCUUAUUGGGCAAUAUGCAGUACCUAUACUAGAAGAGAAAUCUGUUUGGGGAACAGAUGCCCCCACAAGAAUUGCUUACAUGGACACCCAGGAUAUAGCUCGAUUGACAUUAAUAGCAUUACGGAAUGAGAAAAUUAAUGGGAAGCUCCUCACAUUUGCUGGACCUCGAGCUUGGACUACUGAGGAGGUCAUAACAUUGUGUGAGAGGCUGGCAGGGCAGGACGCAAAUGUCACUACUGUUCCGGUUUCUGUCUUGAGAUUCACUCGUCAAUUGACUAGGUUUUUUGAGUGGACAAAUGAUGUUGCUGACAGACUAGCAUUUUCUGAGGUUCUUACGAGUGAUAUCGUUUUCUCCGUUCCAAUGAAUGGGACAUACAAUCUUCUUGGGGUGGACCAGAAAGAUAUAGUUACACUGGAGAAAUAUCUGCAGGAUUACUUCACAAACAUUCUAAAGAAAUUGAAAGACCUCAAAGCACAAUCAAAGCAAAGCGACUUCUACAUAUGAAGAAAAACCGUCAUGUCGCUGUGAAUGAAGCUAUAAAUAUGUAUGUAAGCACAAGUUUUAUGCUUGGCAAAAUGUAUGAAUAGGUUAAGCCCACUCAUAUUCCUCAACUUGGUAUUCACUCUUUCCUCUAUCUCGCUCGUUAUUUUCUUUCUUUUGGUUAAAGUGACCAAAGGAAAAUAGAAACUACAAUGCUUUCUCUCAUAAGAGUUGAUCAGUGAGAGAAUUUUGGUUGGUUGGUAACAUGUUUUGCCAUCUACUUGUGUGUAUGGACUAUGGACUUGUGGGAAA